AUGAGUAAUGAAGCAAAUACUUCCAAAAUCAGAUCGAUUGUUGAAGAGGGUAUGAUCAUAAAAGUAGGGAACGGAACAUCAGUUCGAUUCUGGAGACUAUAUGGAAUAUCAAUACAAAAAAACUCCUUUAUAAACCAGAUGGGGUGUUGGGUUGACAAUGGUUGGAUGUGGAAUCUCGAAUGGCGCAGAACCCUGUACGAAUGGAAAAAUGAGGAAGUCUCCAUACUCAAACAUCAUAUCGAACAGAAAUGCCCAAAUAGAGAAAGGGAGGAUGGUGUAUACUGGAAACAGUCUAAUAAUGAGGGAUACCCGGUAAAGAGCAUCGUUGAAACAAUGAAUGAAUCUUAUGCUCCUAUUUUCCCCAAACCCAUCAUAAACCUAGUAUGGAAAAAUGUAUUACCCCCAAGAGCACAAAUGGCAUUAUGGAUGGAAAAUCUGGAAAAAUUAAAAACUGGAGACCACUUGCUGAGAGUGGGGAUUAUUGACCCACAACAAGCCGUUUACCCAUUCUGUGACCUAGAAACAGAAACCAACAGUCACAUUCUAUUUACAUGCAUAUUUUCAUGGUGUUCUUGGAUGAAAAUGCUAGAAUGGUGGAAUGUCUCUAGCGCCCUACUGAACCAGAGUAGUUCUUUCGGCAUUCAAUGGCUGGGGUUGGUAAAAAACCGAAAGCUUCAAAAACUAUGGGGUAUGAUCCUAGGAUGCGUUAUAUGGUCACUAUGGUAUGAAAGGAACAAAAUAAAAUUCGACAGGGGAUCUCCAAAUCUUCUUAAUUUUGUCUGCUCGCUCAAGAUCAGAAUAGGAAUAUGA